GGACGAAAUAUUGCAUUGAAACAAAAUGCAAGCCAGUCCAGCACGUAUAACUCCGACUCAUCUAGAGCAAGCAAUGCAGUGGAUGGUAACACAAGUGGUGACUUUAAUAACAAUAGUUGUACACACACAGCUGGCGGUGACCGAAACCCACACUGGAAUCUGACUUUCUCCAGACCACAGUUUAUUCAACGAUAUAUUCUUUAUAACAGUAAGUUUUUGUUAAAAUGUACAAAUUGUUAUCUAGCGACACGCUCACUGUAAUUUUUUACGAAAAAACGUGUGUCAUAGUGGACUAUUCAAACUAUUCUAACUUAGUAUGUUGCGAGAAAAUAAAAUGUCUAUAGUAUGUCACAUCGAAAUUGGUGCAACAUUUUAUAAUGAUCGUAUUCUUUUCUUACCAAAGAUAUACUUAAAAAUAAAAAAAUAAUACACACAGUCAGUUAUCAAUUUGGUUUAGUGUAAAGGACUAAUAUUAACUCUAAACAACUAGUCUCCACUUUUCACAGACAUAAAUAUAUGUUACAUAUCAAGAGUUAAAAUUUCUCUUGCAGUCGGACAGUGUUAAAGCUUAAAGUUUUAUGCCUAGGAAGACAUGCAUUAAUCAGAUUUAAGUUGUGCAUGUGUUCCUUAAUUUUAUUUUCAUGCUCCCUUAAAUCAGCUGAUCAACUCCCACACUACUCUCCUACCAAACUACAAAUCAUUGCACACAAUAAUAUACCCGUAAUCUCUUUUUUUUCUCCCAUUCUGCCCAUCCCUGCACUAACACAUUCAACACAUUCACACUCUCAAUACAUAUCUCCCCUACCACCAAAACCGUACCAACUUACCUUGUUAUGGCCCAGACAUACAUCCUAUCAUACCAACUCCUAAAUCGACGUCCCGCUCCUAACUUAUUCAAAGCAACAUAUUAUUUACACCCAACAUUUCUCUAACAUCACUUCAGUAUUUUCAUUUCACUCCAUCAUUCUUCUGAAAUCUUGAACAUCCUCCCACUUCUCCUUAUCCCCAACCUUCUACCUCAUUCUCACACAUACAUGGCUGGAAUGAACAGUGAUUAUUUAAUGAAUUUUAUUGUUUUUUUUUAAAUUCUUUACAGAAUAGCAUCCAAAGAAAUGAUAUAUACAAAGCAAAAAUAUUUUUAACAUAAAUGAAGUUAAAAAUAACAUGAAAAGUUUAUAUGUAUUUAUUGUUCAUUGAAAUACAAGAAGAACGGUAAACGGUAUUUUAUAAAAGAAUUUUUGUCUGUUCGAAACACACAAUUUUCUUUUAAAACCAUCCCUGGUAUCAGGAUUCCAGUAAGACAUUAAUGUUGCUUUUUGUUAAUUGUUCAAUACAUAUAUCAUGCAAACAGAUUCAUAUGCCAUUUGUGGGUGUUCAAUAGAUAGAAAGUUUGCCCCCCCCCCCUAAAUACUCGAAUUAAAAAAUGAUAUCCAAAAGUUUACCAUGUUAAAGUAUUAAGAUGGGGAAUUUAGUAACGCAAUUUAAUUAAAUUCGGUUUUAAUAUUUAUUGAAAUGACUGUCAAUGUCCAAAAGGCAGUUAAUCAUUUUAGAAACAUUUUCAAAUGGUAGAUUAAAUUUAAAUUCAGUCUAAAGAAUGUUGUGCGUAUGCAUAAUGUUAUUGAAAUCCUAACCCUCUUAACACAUAUUAUAAGCAUGUCAUUAAUUCGAAUUUAUUGCUAAGUAAUCAUUGGACACUUCCUAUGUCAACAAUCACUUUCAAACAUUUCAAAAGGUACAAAUAGAUGGUUACCGUUUACAAAAUGUUUGAUGUUUAGUUAACAGAAAUGAGAUAAUUCAUCGUUGGGUAAGAGGGUAUUGCCAGCCAAUAGUUUAGGGCAGGGGUCUCAAUCUCAAAUCAUCUGGGGGCCGCAGAAGUUAGAGUCUUAAUGAGACUGGGCCGCAUCAAGUAAAAAAAAAAGCGACUACAAACUCAAACAAGUACAACUGGUACAUCUGCUCAAACUUUAUUAAUAAAAAAAAAACAUUAAAGGUUCUCACGAACUAAUAGUCUUCACUUUCUUCCACCUACUCCUUGUUGCCAGAGACCUGGCAGCGCUUCUUCUUUCAAAGCUGAGCAUCAUAUGGCUUGAGUGAGGAAGCAGCUGAGAUCCUCAGUAUAGCUUGAAAAUGCUCAUCAGUAAGUCUCGCCCUCAAUUUUGUCUUGUUUAAUUUCAUAGUUGAAAAAGAGCUUUUCACACAGAUAGGCACUCCCAAAAAAUCAAAUAAUGCGCUUGAGCAACCUGGAAAUCUCAGUGUUUGUGGAGGGCACUGCUCUCAUAAAUUUUCCAUGCUGGUCUUUUUCUCCAUUAACUUCCAGAACUUAGAAUUGCACUGAAUAUCAAUCAGCUCUAUUUGAAGCGCAAAUGGGGAGUAAGGGGGGGAGGGGCGGGGGGGGGGAGAAAGAAAUUAAAGGAAAAAGGGUCAGCAAAAAGUUUAAAAGUCGCUCUGCAUGUGGGUUUUGAAUUCUAAACACAGGUCAUCAAAUUCUUCCUGUAGCUUUGCAAUGGCAUACGUAUACUCACUACUAAAUGUGUUGCCUGAAUCUGAAAUAUUGAUGCGAAGAAAGAUGCUAUUGUAGGGAGAAUAAAUUUUGAUUUUUUUAUCGUAGAAAAGGCCUUUUUGACUAAAACCUACUUUCAAUGGCACCAAGCUGACAUGCUCGGUAUUUUCCUCACUCGUUAACACUGGGGGCAAUUUUAAUAGGGAUUCUUUGAUACUGUGUCAGAUUGCUACAAUUUACACAAUUGUGGUUAUGCAUUACCAACUAACUGACUUUUUAAAUUUUUAUGAAAACCGUAUUUUGGCCAGGCUUGUCUCAUAAAAUGCUAUAAAAUAAAAACUUUUAGUCAGGUUUCAAAACGGUUUUGACCAUUAUAAUAAAAAGUCCAAAUCUAUUCAAACAUGAUGAAAAUAAGAAUAAGACUAGUCGAUGAGAUUCGACCGAAACUUUCACAGAGGGUCCCAUUAUAGAUAUGAGAAUAGGAACAACUCGCGGGCCGCAUUACACUUAACUUUGAUGUCAUUUAGCUGGCCGCAAAAUAUCGUCUUGUGGGCGGCAAAUGGCCCGCGGGCCACGAUUUUGAAACCCCUCUAUGGGUUUUAAUUGUUAAGGUCAAUUUACAUAUACGAAUACUUUUAUCAAUAUUUACAUUUAAGUUGCAUCGUUGUUUGUGACUUGUGCAUAUUUGGUAUUUACUGGACAUUUAUUCACAAAAAGAAAUGUAUUAAUAACGUGAAAAUGAAUCGUAGUUUAAAUGAAUUUUGAAACAAAAAUUGAGAAUUUAAAAAAAAAGUGUAUUGGGUUUUUAUUUAUUUGCAUUUUUAGAUUUAGAAAAUAGUACAUGAACCGAUUUAUUAUUUGAAGAACGUGAAUCAGGCUGCGUUUGGCGCGGACCACAACGGGUUACACCAUUUUAGGGGUGACACCCACUUGAAAAAUUGCAUAUUUACAGAGCACCGAUGCUUGGUCUAACGGAGAUUUACAAAAGGAUAACCGAUCACAUAUACAUUUUUCACUAAUGUAACAAAUUCAAAUGCUUGCUUUAUUUAAAGUUCAAGGUUGAUGCGUCAGAUGAGAUGACCCUAUGUUUAUGUCAGAAAAACACUGUUAUUAUUAAAUUUAUAAAGUAAGACUUUCCAUUGAUACCAAAGAAAUUGUGGGUAGGCGAUUCCAAGUAUAAGAAUCGGUAAAAAUUAAAAACAUUGAAAAUGAACUUUUACCCAUUUAUAGCGUUAAAUAUAUAUAAUUUAACAAUUUUCAAUCUUUAAAUGAUGAAUAUCUAUUUAAAUUUAAAUGAAAAAAAGUGUUUUGAUAACAUAUAUAAUAGCAUAUAUCGAAAACUCCGAGAAAUUCAAAAAAUGAUAUUUUUGACGAUUCGCCCCUUAACAUUUGAGCACCAUUGUCAUAUUUCGACUACUGGGUUUUAUCUGUCACCUUUCUGCCUUGUAUUUUAGACAGUGCUAUGACUUUAGUUUUUCAACUGUUGACAGUAAUUAUAUUUUAUUUUCUUGAACAUGACGCAAUUAAAUUAUUUUUAUUGUUCACAAUUAUUAUGUCAUGCCACACGGCAUUCACAAAUCUAAACAGCCAAGUGGCUGUCAGUAGUGAAAAGAAAAAAAAGAUUCGCGACUCACUAAAAAUCAAUACAAGAAUACAUGCUUCGAUAUCACGAAACCUAAUGAUGACCAGGAUGACCAGAGUUCAUCAAAAGACAUUCCCCAGCCUACCAUUGAUACUGAUACUGAUUCUCCCGAUAACAGCAGCAUGAAUUCUUUUCAGCAAAUAAUGGAGAAAAUGGAAGAGAUUGAAGUGAAAACACAAGUAAAAGACAUGCGUGGUUUGGAAACUGAAAUAUCUGAUGAUAAUGUUGAUUCAAACCAAGAUGCUGUAAAUGUAAAGGUUAAUGACAAAAAACUGGCACAUUUGAUCAGAUGCUUCGCUCUGGAAUGUACCAGUUUCGGUCUGAAAUUAUUUAAAUAGGGAGAAACUCGUUUCAGAACAUGGAGGGACUAUUCAGCGUAGUGACAAGCAAAAUUUGAAAAUAAAGAGGUGUUUGCCAACUAACCAAAAAAUGAAUUUACGGGCUGAUGAAAACUGACUGGAAAAUACUGCGGACGUGGAUGGUUCAUUCAUGCGUCUGUCAGAAAUUGUAUUGUUUUUCUGCCGAUUGUUUGAUGAUAAUGUUACUGAAAAAAGCAUCCAAUUUUGUUACUGGCUUUCAGAAGUUGUGGAGAUUGAGCCCAAAACUACAAAAUCGUUAAGCAUCGAAGAGCAUCUAUGUUGCCUUGAAAAGUGGAAAGCAUUGUCAGCAAGACUUAGGAUAUAAAAAAACUAUUGAUACUGAAAGUAAUAAUAAUAAUAAUAAUAAAGUUUAUUUCAAAAACACGUUUCAUUCCCAGAGGCUCGAAGCGCGGUACAAAAGUAAACAAAAAAAAAAAAAGUAUUGCUACGAUGCACAAGGAGAAGAAAAAGAUGAGAGAUAUCCUGCACAUGUUGUAAAACAAUUGAUACUGAAAGUAAAAAUAAAAAUAAAAAUAAAGUUUAUUUCAAAAACACGUUUCAUUCCCAGAGGCUCGAAGCGCGGUACAAAAGUAAACAAAAAAAAAAAAAAGUAUUGCUGCGAUGCACAAGGAGAAGAAAAAGUUGAGGGAUAUCCUGCACAUGUUGCUUGAUAUCACAUCGUUUCUUGCAAAGCAAAUAUCUGGCAUUUUGUGGCCACAACGAAGAUUAAUCUUCAAUGAAAAUGUCUUGAACUGUUGAGAUGCUAUCUAAAUUUGACCCAGUGCUAAAAGAGCACCAAAUGAUACUAAAGAGGAGUAAAUCUACAGAUAAAGCAUCCGCAUCUUACCUUCCACCAGAAAACCCCCUAAAAUUAUAAAUGUCCUUGCAAAUAAUGUGAAGGAUACUAUUAUCAUGGAUAUAAAGCCUGCGAGGUAUUUUGGAAUUAUGUUCGAAAAUACACCUUAUAUAUCACACUGUUACCAGAUGUAUGAAAAGAUCAUAUGUGAAAAUCCACAAUGGUAAAGUUGAAGUGAGAUAAGUGUUUCUCGCAUUUACCCGUUAAGAGGAAACAAUCUGAUGACCUCAGUUCUGUCAUUCUUAUAAAUCUAAGAGGUUACGAUAAUGCUGCCUCAAUGUCUGGAACCUCUGGAGUUGUUCAGGCCAUUCAGAAAAGAAAUAAUAAGAAAGCCAUUUUAAUGAAUUUGUGGACCAAAGCUUAACGUGUCUGCUCCACAUUUUUUUGUAGAAAAUGCUUCAUUUUAUUACAUUUUUCGGUACUCUUGCAAAAUUUUUCCUUCUUUGCUGCAUCCAAUCAUCCAUGGAAUGUUCUAAUUGAACACACUGGAAUGUUGCAAAAAAGUCUGUCAACAACGCGUUGGAGUGCUCAUCGUGCUGCUGUUAAAACAGUGAAAGAUGAGUUUGAUGAAUGUGUGGCUGCUAUUGAAGCUCUGUGUAAUCCUUUUGAAAAUUUGGAAGCACGAGUUACAGCACAGUGUCUUCUAAAUGCUUUCUACGAUUUCACGUUUAUUUGCCACCAUUACCUUUGGGAAAAUCUACUCGAGGAAGUUAUUCCUACACAGCAGUAAAUACAGACUAUAUGCUUUAAUCUUGAUAAAGUGGUGACCAACCUACAGGCGUUAAGCUAAUAUUGAAUGAAAAUCACUCUCCCUUUGUGGAACACGCUAUUGAAAAGGCACUUUUAACAACAAACCAAUACGGAUUUCAAUAGAGAGAAGAUUAAGGUUUAAAAGAAGACAGGGGAACAGUUAUGGAUACUGGACUCUCUCUCAGUGAAGAAAACAGUAAGGAGAUGUUUGGUUGUAUUAAUCACUUUUAUUCUGAACUUUAGAUCAGAUCAUAAGCGAUCGAGGAAUUAGCAGAUAUUUUAUGGGUUGCUCAACCCAAGAGUCUACGACAGUAAGCAAUUUAAGAAGAGUUAUUGGUGUCCGUUCCAAAAUUAACCCCUUUUCAUGCUUAGUUAUUAGAAGUUGAAAUUUAAAAGAAAUACCAAAGCUUAGAAGACUUUUAAAUGCAGCUGAUAUUGAUUUUCACAAAGUCAUGGACUGGUCAGUAUUUGAUGUUUUGAAAUUCAUAGCCGAAUCGGACUUGCUAGAAACUCUUCCAAUACUCUCACUAGUCCUUUAAUUUUUCUUACGAUGUGUGUUUAUGUGGCUUCAUGUGAGCGGAGGUUUUCAAACCUACGGCUUAUAAAGAAAUGUUUAUGAUCCACUAUGGGACAGUUUAGGCUUUCUGAUGUGGCUCUGUUAUCAAUUGAAAGUGAUACAGGGAAGGACAUUAAUUUGCAUCAAGCGAUUGACUGGUCUGUCGCUUUGAAGACUAGGAAAGGAAAAUGUUUAAUAAAGUAAAUGUAAUGUAAAAAUAACUGUAACUUAACGUUGUCAUAGUUUUUAAAUUUAUGGACCUCAAUACCUUCAAUUUAUGUGGGGGUUUUUGCUUGUCUUUGUUAUACUUUGGAGUUUUUUUAACAAGAAGAAAUCCAUCGUGGAAGUUUGGGGAGGGGGGAAUAACACAAUGAGUUUACUGCAACGGGUAACACCAAACGUAGCUACGCCACUGACGUAAAUAAACAAAUAAAUUAUGGCAUCAAUCAAACAGUUGGAUUCCAACGAAAUGAGAUGUGUGGUGGAAUAAGUUGUUUAAAACUCAUUUCAGUAACUAAAAAAAAAAACACAAUAAUUUCUGAAAAUCGUCUUCUUUUUUUGUGUUGUUUAUAUUUAAUUCGGAAUCAAUUUCAGAAAUUGAACUUUUUUUUUCUUUACAGGAAAUAUACUGGGGCGCCGUUUACAAAGCUUUCAAUUGAACAGCUUCUUCAUGAACAACUCGGUGUUUAACUACACUGAGCCAGGGGAAG